UAUCACCGAAACAGAUACAAUACCAAAAGAAAUUAUUAGAGGAUUAAGCGAAUCAUAUGUUAAUAAGGCGACAGAAAUAAUGACAAUUAUUGGUCAGUUUAGUGAAUAUGAUUACGUGAAACAUUAUUAUACUGGAACUGAGGGCCAGGGAUCCAUUGUCUUUAUGAAUAUCAACAGUACUAUCAAAUAUUGUUAUGUUGGACUGCCGUUCAACAAUACAGCUUGUCUACCGAAACAUUUGAAAACAUUGAUUGACUGUUCAAAAACUCCGACAUCGACACCAACAUCGACUCCACCACCAAAAACCCAGUCAUAUUUGAUUACUCUGCUUAUACUGAUUGUCACAUCAGUUAUACUAAUGUCACUAAUCAUUGGAAUAGUCUUGUGUUUUAAUGCCAGUUCUGGAAGGGAAGAUGAAAUGCAUAAUGUUUUUAGUAGAUCGUCGGUGAGAUUAGGAUCGACCAGUCCGUCAUCUAUGAGUAAAGUAAACAAAAAGAGAAAAACUGGUGUUUCAUAGACACAUACCUACAGA